AUGGGCAUGGGAAACUCUCUUCCAAAUCUCCAUUUCUUUUCUAUUGCUGAUAAUCAAUUCAAUGGCACCAUUCCAACUUCAAUUUCCAACGCCUCAAAUCUAGAAUUUCUUGACCUUUGCGCAAAUAAUCUCACCGGAAGAGUGUCUUCUCUUGACAAGUUCCAUAACUUUGCGAACCCUAGUAUAGAGUACAACAACUUUGGAGGCGAACUUCCUGAACACAUUGCCAACUUCUCAAAGGAGCUCCACUUCUUUGUCAUACAACACAAUCAGAUAUCUGGAAACAUCCCAGUUGGAAUACAGUUUCUUGUUAACUUGGAAGUUUUCAUUGCAGAAAGGAACAAACUCUCAGGUACGAUCCCAUCAGGCAUUUGGACAGCUUCAAAAUCUAAAUUACUUCACCUUGGAGGUAAUAACUUGCCGGGAUAUAUUCCAUCAUCUCUAGGAAACCUGACAAAUUUACUUCAAAUUGCUUUAUAUGACGAUAAUCUUCAAGGUUCCCUUCCAAAAGACGUAGAAAUUUUGAAAAAUCUAGGAAUCCUUGCCCUUCAUGAGAACAUGUUAUCAGGGGAGAUUCCCAGUGGUCUUGGCAGUUGCACAAGCAAGAUUCCAGAGUUUUUGAAGGGCUUCAACUCAAUACAGCUUUUGGAUCUAUCUUAUACUACCAGUGGAUUCUCUUCAAAUAAUUUGAUUGGUAUUGGUAGCUUUGGAGCUGUUUAUAAAGGGAUUCUUGAUCAAGAGGGAAUGGUAAUUGCAGUUAAGGUGCUUAACCUUACGCGACAAGGAGCUUCAAAGAGUUUUAUAACUGAAUGUGAGGCCUUACGAAAUGUCAGGCAUCGAAAUCUUGUCAAAGUACUCACAGCUUGCCCUGGAGUUGACUAUCAAGGAAAUGAUUGUAAAGCAUUGGUUUAUGAUUUUAUGGUUAAUGGGAGCUUAGAUGUUUGGUUGCAUCUAACUCUUGGAUUAGAUGAGGUGGUAAGAAUUUUAAAUGUUAUCCGAAGAUUGAAUAUUGCUAUCGAUGUUGCUUCUGCACUUGAGUAUCUCCAUUAUCAUUGUGGAACACCAAUUGUUCAUUGUGAUCUAAAACCAAGUAAUGUCCUUCUCGAUGAAGAAAUGAUUUCACAUGUAGGUGAUUUUGGGUUAGUAAGGUUUCUUGCUAAUGGGAUGCAUGACUAUUCAACAAAUCAAUCUAGUUCACUUGGAAUAAGAAGAACUAUUGGUUAUUGUCCUCUGGAGAUGUUCAUGGGAAAGAGGCCAACCGAUGACAUGUUCAAAAAGAAUUUAACCCUUCACGGUUUUGUCAAAAGAGGUUUACCAGAACAAGUGAAAGACAUUAUAGAUGCCAACCUUUAUCAAAUGCAAUUCAACACAGAUGCAACAUCAAAUCAUAACCACACUUUUGGGAAUAGGAGAAACAACAUAUUCAUGGAAUGCUUGAUUUCAGCAUUAGAAUUUGGAAUCUCUUGUUCUAUGGAAUCACCACAAGAGCGCAUGAAUAUCAGUGAUGUUAUUGCUCAACUCUCUUCCAUUAGAAACAAACUUGUUGGAAUUCGAUUACCAAGGAAGAGAUAA